CACUUAUGGACAUGUUGAAUUUGAUCAGUGGGGCUAUCAAAGGCAGUAUUCCUGCCUGGAACAAAAGUUGGAAUCCAUCAUCUCUAACUAAAGUCUCUUCCAAUUUUAAGGUUCUGUGAUAUAUGCACAUUGUAAUUGGUUUACUUUUUCAUCUCUAUAGGUGAAAGCUGAUAGAUAAUAUAAGCUACAUAUUGCCAGCCAACAAUUUUGAAGCACCUGUGAAUUAUAAAAUAAGAAUAUCACAUGUCUCACAUUUUAAGAAAGUGGUUAUCCAAACAUCUGAACUUUCCAGACCAACUGAGAAUGGCUAUUUUACAAAAAGACUUUCUACUUCUACAGCCCAGUUUCCUUUAGAUUUCCCUUAAAUAGCUAGUUAUCUUCGUGCACUUAAAAGGUUUGAUUUAGAAACAGCUUUUAGGGAUGCAUCUACUGUACUUAUUCACAAGGUAUAAUUGUACUCAGCGUUUAAGUAUCCUGUGAGAAGGCUAGGCAGAGGUCACUGAUUGACAAAAUCUGAACAAAUAUCAGUGGCAGAAUCAAAAUUUUCAAGCCCUGGUGAGGGUCUCCAGUGCUAGUAAGAUGAUGAACAAAAGUUAUUCAAAAGCAAAUGAUGUUUUUCUUUUUCUAUAAAUAGGAUUAACAUUUUUUGUCAGAUAGUUUUGUCCUUAGUUAAGGCUAGGUUAGAACAUUUCUCUGUGUUGGUUUUAUUUAACAGAAGACCCAUGGCAGUAUCUGUAUGUUCAGCUCAGAAAUAUCUGUGGCAGAAGAAAUAGGUUGGCCAAGAGAUUAGUUUCAUGUUAAUUGGAUGACUUCUUUUACUCUCCAAAACAUGUACCAGAAUGAAGACUACCAGGUCUGAAAAUUUCUGGCUCCUCACCUUGCUAAUUUAUAUCUGGAUGUUGAUUUGCAUCUUGUUACAUUUUAAGACACAUGGGGAGGUGAGUUCCAUAGUAGAUUUGUGCUAAUUCAGUGGGUGUCUUAUAAUAAAAUCCAGCUGAAACCACAAGGUGAUAUGUUGUCAGUAUUGAUCAGCAACUAUUGCUGAGUAAAUUGAACGGUUGAAAUCAUUUCUCAUGGAGCUUGAUGAGAUGAAGGGUUUUCUGGAGGUGAGGGAAGGAAGUGGAUACUAGCAUCAUUUGUUUCUAGUAACUCAGUUUACUAGAAAUGGGAUAGAACAGGAAUUUCCAUGAAUGGUAACAGGAAGUAAUUAAAGUUCACACUCUGAAGAACUUAUUAUUCUGCACCGAGAAGUACAUUCUUCUGCAGCUCACUCUUGUUUUUUACACAGGCUCUCAGAAUGGAGUCACUUCAAAAGCCAGAGAGUUAGCUUGAAAUAUGACCUGAUUUUCCUUCCACUAGAGGUGAAAUAGGUGCAGCCCCUAUAUUUUACCUUGAAGUAAAAUACAGACCAAUAUUGGAGAAUGGAGAUUGAGAAUUUUGCACAGACUCAUCAUAGUCCAGGACAAGAGAUUUCAGUGGAUAAUAUGUGACUGGCAUGGGCCAGUAUUAUGAGCUGGAAUAGUAAUGUUGACCAGUAAACCAGGACUCCGAGGUGGCCACUUGGUUCUCUUAUUAGUGCAGGAAAAUAAACUCAAGCAUUUGUCAACCACAAGGUGUGAAGGGGAGAAAGGCUUUUUGAUUAACGCCCAGAUUGCAUUGCUAUUGCUCCAGCAUCACUGAGGAAUCUAGCAUGUAAAGCCUCCAUUGGUUAGUGUAUAAUUAUGCUGCAACCACUUUUCCUUUGGAAAUACUUAGUGACUCUUGCAUUGUAUUCCUUGCAGGUGAAAGCCCAGCCUCUGCGGUUCUUAAUGCCUCAGCAGGAUUAUUUUCACUAAAGAUGGAAACACUGGAGUCUGAAUUGACCUGUCCAAUCUGCCUAGAGUUGUUUGAAGACCCCCUUCUUCUCCCUUGUGCUCAUAGCCUCUGCUUCAGCUGUGCCCAUCGAAUCUUGGUCUCGAGCUGCGGCUCUGGUGAAUCCAUUGAACCCAUUACCGCUUUUCAGUGUCCAACGUGCAGGUAUGUUAUCUCGCUGAACCACCGGGGCCUGGACGGCCUCAAGAGGAAUGUGACUCUGCAGAACAUUAUCGAUCGCUUUCAGAAGGCUUCCGUCAGUGGGCCCAAUUCCCCAAGUGAGAGCCGCCGGGAGAGGACUUACAGGCCCAGCACUGCCAUGUCUAGUGAGCGAAUUGCUUGCCAAUUCUGUGAGCAGGACCCGCCAAGGGAUGCAGUGAAAACAUGCAUCACCUGUGAGGUCUCCUACUGUGACCGUUGCCUGCGGGCCACACACCCCAACAAGAAACCUUUCACCAGCCACCGCCUGGUGGAACCAGUGCCAGACACACAUCUUCGAGGGAUCACCUGCCUGGACCAUGAAAAUGAGAAAGUGAACAUGUAUUGUGUAUCUGAUGACCAAUUGAUCUGUGCCUUAUGCAAACUGGUGGGACGUCACCGAGACCAUCAGGUCGCGUCCCUGAAUGACCGAUUUGAGAAACUCAAGCAAACUCUGGAGAUGAACCUCACCAACCUGGUUAAGCGCAACAGUGAACUAGAAAAUCAAAUGGCCAAACUAAUACAGAUCUGCCAGCAAGUUGAGGUGAAUACUGCUAUGCAUGAGGCAAAACUUAUGGAAGAAUGUGACGAGUUGGUAGAGAUCAUCCAGCAGAGGAAGCAAAUGAUUGCUGUCAAAAUCAAAGAGACCAAGGUAAUGAAGCUGAGAAAGUUGGCACAGCAGGUUGCUAAUUGCCGCCAGUGUCUUGAACGGUCAACAGUCCUCAUCAACCAAGCUGAACAUAUCCUGAAAGAAAAUGACCAGGCACGGUUUCUCCAGUCUGCAAAAAAUAUCGCUGAGAGGGUCGCUAUGGCAACAGCAUCUUCUCAAGUUCUGAUUCCAGACAUCAAUUUUAACGAUGCCUUUGAAAACUUUGCUUUAGAUUUUUCCAGAGAAAAGAAACUGCUGGAGGGGCUAGAUUAUUUAACAGCCCCAAACCCACCAUCUAUCCGAGAGGAACUCUGUACUGCCUCCCAUGACACCAUUACAGUCCACUGGAUCUCGGAUGAUGAGUUCAGCAUCAGCUCCUAUGAGCUUCAGUACACCAUAUUCACUGGCCAGGCUAACUUCAUCAGUAAGUCAUGGUGUAGUUGGGGCCUGUGGCCAGAGAUAAGGAAAUGUAAGGAAGCAGUAAGCUGCUCAAGAUUGGCCGGGGCGCCACGAGGCCUGUAUAAUUCAGUGGAUAGCUGGAUGAUUGUGCCCAACAUUAAACAGAACCACUACACAGUGCAUGGACUUCAGAGUGGGACGCGCUAUAUCUUCAUUGUUAAAGCCAUAAACCAAGCAGGCAGCCGGAACAGUGAACCUACCCGACUAAAAACAAAUAGCCAACCCUUUAAACUAGAUCCCAAAAUGACUCACAAGAAGUUGAAGAUCUCCAAUGAUGGGUUGCAGAUGGAGAAGGAUGAAAGCUCUCUGAAGAAGAGCCAUACCCCAGAGAGGUUUAGUGGCACAGGGUGCUAUGGGGCAGCAGGAAAUAUAUUCAUUGACAGUGGCUGCCACUACUGGGAGGUGGUCAUGGGUUCCUCAACAUGGUAUGCAAUUGGCAUUGCCUACAAAUCUGCUCCCAAGAAUGAAUGGAUUGGCAAGAAUGCCUCCUCAUGGGUCUUCUCUCGGUGCAAUAGUAACUUCGUAGUGAGACAUAACAACAAAGAAAUGCUGGUGGAUGUGCCCCCACAGUUGAAGCGUCUGGGUGUCCUUCUGGAUUAUGACAACAACAUGCUGUCUUUCUAUGACCCAGCUAACUCUCUCCAUCUUCAUACUUUUGAUGUGACCUUCAUUCUUCCAGUUUGUCCAACAUUUACAAUCUGGAACAAAUCCCUAAUGAUCCUGUCUGGCUUGCCUGCCCCAGAUUUUAUUGAUUACCCUGAGCGGCAGGAAUGCAACUGUAGGCCUCAAGAAUCCCCUUAUGUUUCUGGGAUGAAAGCUUGCCAUUAAGUUUCAAGAGAGCAUAGAAUUCACUGGGUCUACAGUUCAGCAGUUCUUCCCCUCCUAAAUCUCAGUUAGUGUCCAAUAUACAAGAUAAAAAAUAAAGUUCAUCUGAAGCAUCCAAAA